AUGGACUAUUCCAAAUUGAACAAAUCAUAUUCAUUUUCAAGGCCGCAAGUUAUCAGCCCUUUGAGUAGCUCAUCAAUCUCAUAUGUUGCCAAUUUUAAAAAAAACUUAAAAUGCAAGCUACCUUCGUUACAAGCAGCGACCGAAUCAACAACAGAAUCGAUUAUGACAAGAAUAAAAUUAAGAAAAAAUAGAAACCCAGCAUACAAUAUUCCACCUGAAACCGCUGCACUUGUAAUUAAGCAAUAUCUGCUUCCUAUGUUUGAUAAAACGAAGCCUAAAAACUUCCCAGAAUCAAAGUCAAUGCAUGAUGGUCUUAAUAUAUCACUAAAUAAAGAAAAGCUAGAAAAUUUAGACAGCACGUUUGAUAAUACUGUUUAUGGAGAACUAAAGCUUAGCGUAAAACUUGCUAAUGAGUUAGAGCAAGCACGAGAAGACUUAAGAACUGCUAAUGAAAGUGUAAAACUAAUUGAGCAAUCGAAGAUUUUGAUAGAAAAAGAAUUCAACGAGCUUAAAAAUAAAUAUGACGAUCUUUAUAUGAAUUUUGAGCUUCUAAAAUUCCAAACGACGCAGUCAAUUAAAAAUUCGCAAAAAUAUGAGCUUCAGUUAAAGUUGGUAACUCCCCAGCUUGAAGAAUACAAAUUGCAGUGCCAAAAUAAUGAUAAUUUAUCAACCAGGGUAGAUACAGAACAAAGUAAUGCAACCUCAGGCAAAGAUUAUGAAUUUUUCGAUAAUUUUGAUUCUGACUCUAAAGGGAAAGCUCUUGAACUUUCACAUGUAAAUGAUUUGAUCGCAACAGAAAAUCUUGUGAUAGGGGAGCGACUUCGCGGCUUGUAUAAUAGUUUUUCAGAGCUCACUAAAGAAAAAAGCAUGUCGGAACUAUUGCAAAAUCAAUUAUCCAUAGCAGCUAAAAUUGUCAAAACAAUUAGUGAAGAUUAUAAAAGUCAAAUAAAAACAGCUGAAACUUUAUUAUAUGAAAGAAAUGAGCUUAGAGAAGAAAUUAUUGAUAUGGCUAAAAUCACAGAUAAAACACUAAAAGAUCGAGAUAAAAUCCUUGCUAAAUUUAAAGAAAAAAUUAGUUCAUUUAACACAAAUUUAAAAAACGCUGUUGAAGAAAAAGAUAAAUAUAAACUCAAAUUCCAAGACUCUGAUUGCAAGCUUGUCCUUCUAUCUGAAGAAUAUGAAAGAUUGAGAUUAAAAUUGAAAAAAUACAAUGCAAAGAAUCAUGAUACAGAUGAAACUGAAGAAAAACUAUGCAAUAAAUGCAAAAAAGUGUAUAUGGAAAAAGAUAAUUUUAAUUGAUCAUGCAAAAACCACAUAAGCUUAUAUUCUGGAGAAAUCUGGUGAUGCUGCGGCCAAACUGGGGUUCAAGCUCCAGGCUGCCAACUCUCAAAGCAUGUUUCUAAAUCAGACGAAGAAGAAAAAGUUAUGCAGCGAGAAAUAAGCAGGAUCAAAAGCUCAGUCACUUGCCCCGUAACUUUAACAUAGUGCUGCAAUGGUAUCGGACACUCUUUUUCGGAAUGCCCCAAAGACCCAAAUAUAAAAACAGUAGAAGAGGUUGAUGAGGAAAUCGAUAGGCUUUUGCAAAUCAAAAACGACAAAAAAGCUCUUCAAGGCAGAGGAUUUGACCUUAGCCAUCAGGUAAAACAAAUGCUAAAAAACAAGCUAGGAGACAGCGCGAAAUCUUUGAAUUCAUUAUCGAGUGAUAGAAAGGAAAGGCUGAUGCUAGGCAAAGGAAACGGCGAUUCAACUUUCUUCGCUGAUAUUAUUGAUAUCAAAAAGAGUGUGGGAUUUAGCAAAGAUACUGUAAGCUUUAUAUAGAAUAUUGUGUAUUCGAUGGUUCUUGAAAAUUCGCUGGUUGCAAGACAAAGGAGGAGAAGUACUGUGAUUGCUGAUAAAAGAAGGCAUAGUGAUUCUAUGCAUGAACUGAGAAAAUCACGAACUGAUGUAAAUAAUAAGCGUGGCCGUGACCGCUCGUUCAUUAAUCAAUUAAUAUAG